UGAAAGCUUGGUCAGUCAUGUGAGGGAGGAAAGCGGCUGUGCUGCCGUGAGGGCGAGUCUCGACCAAUGACGUCGCAGCUCGCUUGCCGCCAUCCCUGCUGGUUGUGGCUGACUCUGAAACACGUGUCUUUAGCUCCAUCGCCGCAACACAUAUGAACCGUAGCUAUCCCAUUCCUGCCUUCCACACAUACAUUCACUCUUCGCGCAGUCACAAGCAUGGCUGGAAGUCCGCCUGUAAACGAACAAGGCUACAUCAACAGCUACGCCGACGCGCGCACCGCCGGCAACACGCUGCUGCGCCUGCCUCUCGAGCUCCGCCAGGACAUCUUCGAAUACGCCGCCAUGGGAUACGCCCGCGACCAGGACUGCUGGGACUCGCUUGAAGCCGCCGAUAUGCGCCAAGGGCGACAAAUCUCCUGGCUCCCUCCCAUGUGCGUCGUCGACGACGCCUUCUUCAUCGAAUCUGUGCCCAUGUUCCUCAAGCAAGCAAACAUCGUGGUCCGCGAGGUAUACACAGCCUACAACCUGCGCUUCUUCUUGCAAGCCACCGACACUUUUGCGAGUGUCCAGUCGCUGCGCUUCAUCAGGGCGGAGGCGUUGACGCCCUUGUCCGCGGGAGCCGCGCUGCUGGAAGACUGCAUCAACCUGCGCGACUUGUCGCUUUCGUUUCGCUUCGACGACUUCAAUUUCCCAAAGCGCCUGAACUACGCUCCGGCCCCCAGCGGCGAUCUGAACAAGAAGUGGUUUGCCGACGCAUAUGCAUUCCGCCACAUUUUGAAGUUGAAGAGCGUCAAGAGAAUCACCCUCUUCGCGGUGCCGAGCCCGCUUCCGCGUGAGCUUUUCCCGGUCGGCGUGGAAAGUUUUUGGGGGAUAAAGCCGUGGCUCGAGAAGAAGUUCGAGAAGAGGGGAAUGAAGGUCCAAAUCGCCUCCCGAAUAGGAUGUGAGUCGUCCUAGUCCAGCUUGUCGCCUGCGACUCCGGCUAGAAGAAUACGGAAGCAUUUUGUGAAUCGCGCUGCAUAUUGGAUUCCUCAGCGCAGCCAUGCCCUUUUUUGAAUAUCGAAGCGUGGGUCAGCGUCUAGACUGAAGGUGCGCCCAAAGUUGUUCCGGCGACAUGGGGCCCGAUACGGGGUUUCCGAUUGCCUGGACGCAGGAUUAUCAUGUUCUCAGUCCUAGUGAAGUCAUUCCCCGAAGCUGUAGUUGGCUGAGGUUGGUCCAACGCUCUUCAGAAGGUAGACAUUCUAGGUUGACGGGUGCGCUAAUUGACAAGCGUCUUGGCACGCGGCCGCUUUCCGCGGCGCGUUCUCUAUCCCAGGGAUUCAGACCUCACUUU